AUGUUAACAUCGACAUUUUUAAUUGACCCACUCAGUAACGUGGCUUGUUUAACACUUUUUUCAGUUCAAAUAAAUUUUCAGGAUUAACAAACGCUUAGAAAAUUGUCCUCCUAUUUCCAGUUGGGAAUUGUCCAAUAUUAAUAUUGCAAAUUGGACAAUAUAGGAGAUAUCUCCCACUUUUGAGAAAAAUUUCCUCCGUGUUUGGGAGAGUUUUUGGAAGAGGCACAAAAACCUUAGAAGUUCUCUGCAAAAUAUUUUUGUUUUUCUCCAAUAUUUCUCCAGAAUCUCAUAACACUUUGGUGAUUUCCCUCAGUUCUGGGAACACUUUGAAGUUUUGUGCCACUUCUUUAACGUUUUUAAUUCCUGCUUUCCUAAAAUUGACUCAAAAUGAAUAGAAGUUCCCCUAAAAUCGGGUUAUUAGGUAAUUGUCAUUUUUCGUUGUAGCUUCACUUAAACUUAAAAUAUCUUAUGCAGCUACGAUUUAUGUACUCCAAAUCUACCUUAAAUACUUCAGAAUUUAACUUUUCCCCACAACAAAACGGACGUUAGUGAGAAUGGUAAUUUGUUCACAGCAUCAAAUUUAUUUCGGUCAUUAUUAUUUAAGUGAAAUUACAUGAACAUCAAAAUUUCAUUGACAGUGAUAAUAAACAAACAGUUAUGGAAACGUUUAAUCUCGAUUUCCUAGUUGUCAUAGAUUAUAAAAUGAGACCACGUUUAAAGUGAUAUUGCAUAAAAUAACGCGUUGGGUACAAACACAAUAAAGUAAAAGUUGUAAGUCGACAUUAUCACUCUGUUCUUUCUUCUUUUAUAACCCCUAUUCGGUUUGUCCCUCAUAUCAAGUAUGAAGCUUUGUAUUAUGCUGUCUAGAAGUUUUCUCAAGUCUUUUUCAUUUGACGGUGCGUCUGUAAAUUUUGGUGUUAGAGCAUCUGAGAUGGACUGAAUGAAGCAGUGCAUUAAUACUUCCUAUGCCUUUAGAGAAUCGAAGUUUUUUGAGACCUCUUUUAUUCACUGUUUCCACAAAAGUUAAUGGAUAACUAUGGGCUAAAAAUGUAUGCCAAAACAUAUCUUUAAGAUUUUUUUGAGUUGCGAUCAAUUAAGUUGCCCACUUUUGUCAUGGAAAUGUCAAUCAAUCAUCUAAUAAACAGAUCUUAUAGAUCUAUCCCUGAUAUCCCCUUGUAGAAGACAUGCCUCCAGGGUAUCUAACUCUUCCUAACGAGACUCUGACAGGUUGAAGGCACCGUUUAGCGUUGGUUGAAAUGUAAUGUUGUUAAAGACCGUCAUUAGCCGUUUAGGGUCAGCAUACAGGUCGGACAUAGUUGCAACAAGCUUUUUUAAUGUAACAUAUAUUUUUGACAAGCCAUCAAAGUUUAGGUGACUGCUAACAUGACUUACUCUGGUUUUUGACUCUAUGUGAGUGUUGAUGCAGAGGUCGGUUUUUGUACUUUAUACUAGUUGAACUUGUAUAUAUAUAAUGAAAAAGCGCUUACUUAACUAAUGGAGAAAAAGGCGUUUCCGUUAACUGAAACUUAGAAUACUUGACGUUGCUGCAUCCAGCCUGCAUUUCAGGCACAUACAAAUCAUGCAAAUUGGUAAAAGUAGUUGUAUUCUUUAUUUCAUUGUUUCCCUACUAGUUAUGCAUAGGCCUAAUGUGCUUGUCUUCUACGUUUCACAAUACUGAACGGCACCGUAUUUUCAUCCAUGUUUCCUGAUGUAUUUGCACCAGUGACACCGCUGAAUGAAGACACGAAGUCCUUAGCAGCAUCAAAACCGUUUACCGUUAAUUUAACGACUGUUGUUGGUACUUACCAGUGUAAUGUAGCGCUUUGCAUUUUACAGUGGACGAGCCGUCAGUUACACUGACCUCGUUCAGUAAUUCAGCGUCACUGACGUAUUCAAAAUGCGUCCAAUAAUUAUAGUUCAGAAUUCAUGCAUUAGCUACUACACGAAGUCAUUUCUUUUGCACAUCCUUAGUGAUAGCGAAUUUCUUAGUUUGAUGCUGAAAAGAAGUGAGAAUACUGGACUUCAACUAAAAAGCGACAAUUCACUGCCACAAAUUUAAGGCUUUACUACAGAAUUGUGGGAAGUAUCGGAUUUAUCACUUUGUAAUUAGUAUGACAAUUAUGGUGUUAUUAUAAAGUAACCAGGUAUUUUGUGAAAAGCUAAGUCUAAUCCAUAAAAUUUAUUGUGUAGUCAUAUAAAUUGCUGCGAUAGAGCACGAAAAGCUCUUUAUCCUUCGCCUAAGCGUAAGAAAUUUUAAUUCGUUCGUCAUACAUUUCGCAUAUUUUCAUAUGUUAUUAAGAAGAAAGAUAGAUUGAGGAAGCUAUUGUUAUAAUCUUACUCUCUGGCAAAUAUGAUAGGAUAGUAUAAACUGGCAGUCCAUAUUUAAUAAAAUUAUUUAGUAAUAUAGGUUGUGUGUUUUGCCCAUGUAAGCUUUAUAACAUUCGAAGUAUGUGACUAAAUGCAAAAAGAUGUUGAAUAGCUAUAUGAACUGUCUUUUCUUUAUCAGGGCACCCAUAUGACUUAUCUGUUUUCCUGUAGUCAUCAAUCUCCAAUUAUCUGUCUCUCAAAGCAUGUCUCAACGGCUAACCUUGAGUAAAGCUAUAAGACUGAAUGGGGUUUGAAUUUUAUUGCCGAAUAAAUGCUUAUUUCAUCUGUUAUUAGUACAUUGAAGUAAAUGAUGAUCAGAGAAAUCAUAGUAGUCUAUAGUUAGAUAUGUUUGGUGAUCUGGUUCAAAGUCAGAGACAUUCUCUAAACUUUAAGCUUUGUUUCAUUUAUUUAUCUUUAAUUACAUUGCAUGUGAUUUAAGAAACAAUAGUGUGAAUAUAAUUAUUUUGUCCCCUACCAUCUAACUUUUGUUAGAUUUGUUCUUGUGUCGAUAUAAAGUGAGGAAACUAGAACUAAUAUACAGUUAUUUCGAACCGUACUUUGAUUUUAACAACUGAGUGACUGAAUGAAUAAUAACAUUUCUUAGGUAAUUACCAUAAUAAAUUUUCAACCGAGUAAACUUCACCCCAUUGCACACGCAGGUGGCUAUCAGGACUCGGUAGCUAAGUGGAUAACGCGAUGGCGUUUGAGGCGAACGGUAAUGGAUUUGAAUUCUGGGGUGAACAUCAACUCUGGGAUGCAAGCACAUCCAGCUGGCGAGUCCCAAUUGGGGCGAAACGCACGUCCUGGAUUCCACUGCUAGCUACUAUCCAUCUUCGCUUAAAAAAUCUUGUGACUUAAGGCAACAUCAAGGCAAUCCUCACGGAAUGCACGUAUGCCAACAUGAGAGUGAUCAGUUGCAGUCCUAAAUAACAAAGGGAAGAUUCAAGUAAAACAACAUCAAGUGAAUUCAAGCAACGAAAUGUUUCGUUUAUAACAUAGACAUUCGGUAAAUCUAUUCAUUAUAUUUAAAUGAACUGUUUUAAUGGAAUUUUUUAAAUAAUUCCUAGAAAUGACAGAAGCUAAGAAACAAAUUGAUUUAAUAACUGAAAAAUUAGAUCAAAAUUCAUCACAAAUCAAACGGUUUAUUAACUUUGUUAAUAGUCAUAAAAAACCGACAAGUGAACAACAAGAGAAUUUCAAUACAAAAGCAGUACAGUUCUUGGAGGAAUUAAAUAAAUAUGCUGAUACAAUAAAACAAAUUAAACAGGACAAAAAUCCAGAAAAUCAACUACCGAAAUUGGAAUCAAUGAAGAAUCAACUUUUGACAAGAAUAUCUACUUUAACAGAUAAAUUGAACAAAUUAGACAAAAAAUUAGGGACAAUUAAUGUUAGUUUAUUGUCAGGGAAUGAGAAUAUUUCAGAUCAGGAAGCGAAAUCUCAGGAUCCAGAGUCCAAAAUGUCAACUACCAUUCAUAAAAAAAGUACAAAAUUAAAUGUACAAGACGAAGAAGAAGAGGAGGAGGAAGGAGAAAAAGAGGAACAAGUUAAUAAAAAGAAUAAACAUAGAAAAACAAAGAAUGAUUCAAAGUCAAUCAAACUUAAAAUCUCCAAAGAGAGAAAUGUGAAAGAAUCUAAAGAUAAAACUCCUACUCCUACUACUACAGUUAUUGCACAAAUACAUGCUACUGAUAAUCAUGAUGAAAUACACAAUAAUGAUGAUAAGCAUAACUUGGAUCCAGAUAAAAUAUUGAAAAAGGUAAAAUCUUCAAAACGAUUAAAGACAUCCAGUAAAAAAUUGAAAACAUCUGAAGAUGAAAAUGAAAUAUCUACAAAGAAAAAAAAGAAAUCAGGAAAAAAGUUGAAAGAUAAGAAUAAAAAUAAAACUAAUAAAUUAAAUGAUGAUGGUGAUGAUCAUGAUGUUGAUGAUGAUGAUAACGAUGACGGCGAUGAUGACGAUAACUUACCUUCAAAUAUAAAAACAACUUUAAAAUUACAAGAUAAUCAAAAACUUACUGAACUAUCUGAAAUAGAAACAGACGACAUAAAAGAAACAGAAUUAGAAAAUGAAGCAACAGAAAUAGAAGAUAACAUCAAUCAAGUUCAACCAUUUCAAACAGAGAAAACAAAUAUGAAAAAAGAAAAAAAAGAAGAGAAAAAUGAAAUAAUAAAACAAAUCACUUCACAAAAUGUUUUACAAGUUCAUAAUGAGAUUUUAAAAAAUUCACCGGUAGAUAUCAUUUCAGAACCGGUAGAAUCAAGAAAAUGUGAAAAUAUUGAUUUGUUUUAUCAAACCAUACGUCAAUGGAUUGGUGAUGAUGAAGAUGAUUUAUCAUUUAUAUCUGGUGAAACUUUGAAAAUUUUAGAAAAAGAUGAUGAUGGUUGGUGGCUUGGUGAAAAUAUUCAAGGUAAACAAGGUUUAGUUCCAAUGAAUUUUUUGAAGAAAAUAGUAAUGGUUGAAUCGGAAUGGGAAAAUUUAAAACUGGAUUAUAUAAAACAAAAAAAUAUUGUGAAUAAUGACAAUAUUCAAGUAGAAGAUAGUCCACAAACAUACAGUGAAGAUGGUGAUGAUGAUGAAGACGCUGACGAGUUGUUGGAGGAAGAGGAAAAACAGACGAAUGCGGUUAGUUCACAAGAAGUAAAUAAGGAAAACACUGAAGUUAAAUCUAAUGAAAUUAAGAAAACAAAUACUGUUGUGAAUCAGAUCCCUGAUUAUACUGAAGAUAGUGUAGAGUAUAGUGAACAAACAUGGGAAAAUGAUGAGAAAGAAGGUGAAGGCGAUGAGACGAGUGAAAACUUUGAGAUUGAGGAAGAAGAAAGUGAAGAUGAAGACAAUAACGUUGAAGAAAAUAAUGUUGAGAUUAUUGAAGAAGGAAAAGUUGGUAUAACGCAGAGUAGUAAAUUGAUGCAUUCUAGUAAAAGUCUUACGUCGACCCCUUUUGUAGAUACAGAUAAACGGUCCUUCAAAGACGAUCAAGAUUUUGCAGGAUGGUAUAUAAAAAAUAAUGAAAAAGCUCUUGAAGCUUAUCAACCUCUACCAAGCAGUGUUCGUUUAAGCUUUCUUUCAUUACCAGGAUUAGCAUCAUAUAACUAUCAAAAAUUUUUAUCACCAAAACUUGGAAACUCUCACUUAAUUUUUACAGAUAUACUUUUAGACACUGAUAGUAAAAAGAUAACACGACGUCAGCCACGUUGGCAAAAGAUUAUAACAAUUCAAAAAAUUACACAAUUAUCCAUUUUGGAAGAGUCAAAUUUAUCUAUAUUAAACUGCUUAGUACGUUUGUGUUUAUUUGAUGGUAUAAUGCCUAUCAGUAAUAUUUGUUAUCUACCUAUAACACCGACAGAUCGUGAAAAGAAAACAUGGAUAGUUACUCCACAUAAUAUAAAAAAGUCGGAAAAAUCUUAUGAAUUAUCCUCCGAUUUAUUUAUACGUUAUAAUGAUCAAAAUAUGAAUAUUUGUAUAUUGAUGGAAAUUCAAAUUAUUAUUAGUAAACAGAAUUCUAACCAACCAAUUGAACUAAGUCUUGGUUGGGUCACUAUCCCAUUAUAUGAUGAAAACGGUCAAAUCAUACCAAAUAAAACUUGUGACUACCAAUUGCAGGAUAGUUUACCUUUUGAAAAUGGAAAGGGGAAUAAGACAUCAGUUAAAGAUGUGAGUUUAAAGAGUCGUAUGCAAAAUUUACUUUUUAAUAAAACAACUCAAGUAACAAUUCGAUUUAGUCAACCGAAUAAAGAACAACAAGAUAAAUUAAACUCUUUACCUGACAUUCUAAUUGGUCUAGUUGGUUAUGCACCAUUUCUCAGUUAUCAUCGUGAUUUCUUAGCUAAUAUAUUCCCUGGUUUUGGAAGAACCGAUGAUAAAGAUCAAUUAAUUUUACGUUAUGUUCAACCAGAAGUUGCAUUAUUUCCUAUUGUUGCAGAUUGUCCAUUACUUAUUGAAUGUCUACGUGUUUCGUGGCAAGAUCGUCUGAAAGAAAUUCCAGGCAAUAGUAAGAAAGAUUCUGAAUAUUUGAAGAAAUUAUAUUCAGAUCAUUUUAGAAGAGUAAUUUAUCCUCUUCUAUGGUUACAGGAUAUUGAAUUCCCCUGUAUUAUGAGUUCACAACAGUUUGAGAAUGAAUCCGCGAAAGUACUCAAUCUUACUGAACAAAUUCGGCAAAAUUUUAUGAAAUUCAUUACAUCAAAUCAGUAUACAUUCAAAUUGUUUACAUCGAAAGAAUUCAAUUGUCCUAUACAAUUUACAAAUUAAUAUCAACAUUUAAAUGUAUAUAAUAAAAUACACUUGGUGAAUAAUUGUAAUUUUAUGUGAUUUUUUUAAAAUGAAUUAUAUUAGUAA